AUGGAGGAAUCCUCGGGGCUCCUCCUCAAGAUCCUUUCCGAGCUGGGCCUCGUUUCUCUCCAUCACAGCAGGCAAGACGUCAAGCUCCUCUGCCUACAGCGAUUCGUCCGCCUCUUCGCCUAUGGCGCGUCGACCCUGGUCUUGGUGCUCUACCUCCAGGCCCUGGGCAUCUCCAAGACCAGGAUCGGCCUUUUCAUGACGCUGACGCUGGUCGGCGAUGUUUGCAUCAGCUUCUGCCUCACGCUUGUGGCCGACGGAUUGGGCAGAAAGGCGAUUCUGGCUCUGGGCGCCCUUUUGAUGACUGGUAGCGGCGUUGCCUUUGCCUUCUGCGAGAAUUACUGGGUGUUGCUCGGGGCGGCCAUAUUCGGCGUCAUCAGUCCGAGUGGUAACGAGAUUGGCCCCUUUCGAGCCAUCGAGGAGAGCGUCGUUGCUCAUCUGACGGAGCCGGCGUCGAGAAGCGACGUCUAUGCCUGGUACAGCCUGCUCGGCACUGCUGGAACGGCAUUCGGGCUGAUGACUGGUGGAUGGGUCGUUCAAUAUGUCUCCACGGUCCUCGAAUGGCAGCUGAUUGAUGCGUACCGACUCAUCUUCUUGGGAUAUGCCGUCCUCGGCCUGGUCAAGCUCACCCUAGCCCUACUCCUGAGCAGCGCCGUCGAGGCCGACGAAACGGUCACAAAGGGAGCCAUCAAAGCGAACACAGAAGACGGCAACACUGAAACAUCUCCUCUCCUCGGCAAUGGGCAUGGCAUUUCGCAAGGAAACGAGGAGCAGCAAAAGAGCCGUAGCCGACUUGCGUCUCUUCUUCCCAACAUUAGCCAGGAAGGAUACGCUAUAAUGACCAGCUUGAGCGUCUUCUUCGCCCUGGACGCAUUUGCCUCGGGCCUGGCUUCCAUGUCUUGGGUGACGUACUUCUUCCGCUGGCGCUAUGGCAUUACAGAGGGAAAGCUGGGCUCCAUAUUCUUCGUCACGAGCAUCACUUCGGCUCUCUCCAUGCUUGUGGCCUCUUCCCUAGCCAAACGAUUCGGUAACAUCAAGACCAUGGUCUUUACGCAUCUGCCCUCGUCCAUCUUCCUCUCUCUCAUCCCGGUCUUCCCCGACGUGCGUCUCUCCUUGCUCUUCCUGUGGCUUCGCGCCUCCAGCCAGAGCAUGGACGUCGCACCUCGGGCAGCCUUCCUAGCGGCCGUUAUCAAGCCGAGCGAGCGGACAGCCAUCAUGGGCGUCAUAAACGUGGUCAAGACGAUCGGAGCCAGCCUUGGCCCCUUCCUUACGGGCAGCUUGGCGGACCAGGGCUUGUUCUGGGUUGCUUUUGUGACGGCCGGUUGUCUCAAGGCGAGCUACGACUUGGGAAUGCUUGCCGUUUUCCAGAAUCAUGAGAGACAUGCAGCUGAAAGGGAUAAGCAAAGACAAAUUGCGGAGAGGACUGUCGCUGGUUCUGCAUAG